AAGCGGGUGUGUUGCGGACCGACGUUAAAAUUUCGAGCCAAAAACUACUUAAUGUAUUUUCUGCCGCGUUGAAUUAAAAGUGGUUGUGUGCUUCGUUGCAACGGCGGAAAGUAAUAAAAGCUCGGCUCGCAUGCAAUUUUCAUUAGUGGGAAAAUUGUUUGAUAUUUAAGAGUCACCAACCGAGGAACGGUAGACGGACACACAGACAGACAGACACACAAACAUUCCACAUUCCUAAUAAUAUAUAAAUAUAUAUAUAUAUAAAGAUAUAUAUAUAUAUAUAAAAGUAGAAUCGAAACAAGGAGCAAAACGACCAAAAUGUGGCGGCAGUCAACGAUGCUGGCCGCGUUACUAGUGGCUGCCAUUUUGGGCAGUGCAUGUGCAACGACAAGACCCAACUCCCCACCAAGAAUCACCAAACAACCGGCACCCGGGGAACUUCUCUUCAAAGUGGCACAACAAAGUAAGGAGAGUGACAAUCCAUUCAUUAUUGAAUGUGAAGCCGAUGGACAACCAGAGCCAGAAUACAACUGGAUCAAGAACGGCAAGAAGUUCGACUGGCAGGCGUAUGACAAUCGUAUGCUCCGGCAACCUGGUCGAGGUACUCUGGUGAUCACCUCGCCAAAGGAUGAGGAUCGGGGUCACUACCAGUGCUUUGCAUCUAAUGAAUUUGGCACAGCCACCUCGAACUCGGUGUAUGUGCGUAAGGCAGAGUUGAAUGCUUUCAAGGAUGAGCAGCCCAAGACACUGGAGGCCACCGAGGGUGAGCCCUUCAUGCUGAAGUGUGCGGCACCCGAUGGUUUCCCCAAUCCCACAGUCAACUGGAUGAUCCAGGAGUCGGUGGACGCUAGCAUCAAGUCGAUUAACAAUUCCCGCAUGACCCUAGAUCCCGAGGGUAACCUGUGGUUCUCCAAUGUGACCCGUGAGGAUGCCAGUGCUGAUUUCUACUAUGCCUGUUCGGCCACCUCUGUCUUCAGGAGUGAAUACAAGAUCGGCAACAAGGUCCUGCUCGAUGUGAAGCAAAUGGGCGUGAGUGCGUCCCAGAAUAAGCAUGCCCCGGUGCGUCAAUAUGUGUCCCGUCGUCAGUCCUUGGCCCUGCGUGGCAAGCGAAUGGAAUUGUUCUGUAUCUAUGGUGGAACACCUCUGCCCCAGACUGUGUGGAGCAAGAAUGGUCAGCGGAUACAGUGGAGCGAUCGGAUAACACAGGGACACUAUGGCAAAUCUUUGAUCAUCCGUCAGACGAACUUUGAUGAUGCUGGCACCUACACUUGCGAUGUGUCCAACGGUGUUGGCAAUGCCCAAUCCUUCUCCAUUAUUCUGGAUGUCAACUCUGUCCCAUACUUCACCAAGGAACCGGAAUUCAACACAGCCGCUGAGGAUGAGGAGGUGACCUUUGAGUGUCGUGCCGCUGGUGUACCCGAACCAAAGAUCAGUUGGAUUCACAACGGCAAACCCAUUGAGCAGAGUCCCCCGAAUCCCAGGAGAACAGUCACGGAUAAUACCAUCAGGAUCAUUAAUUUGGUGAAGGGAGAUACUGGCAAUUACGGUUGUAACGCCACCAAUUCUUUGGGUUAUGUUUACAAGGAUGUCUACCUCAAUGUCCAGGCCCUGCCGCCAACAAUCACGGAUCCGCCAACGGCAAUGUCCAGCGUGGAUGGUCGUAACAUCACUAUGAAGUGUCGCGUUGAGGGUGCUCCCAAGCCCCUGGUCAAGUGGCUGAGGAACACGAAUUGGCUGACCGGUGGUCGGUACAAUGUCCAGGCUAAUGGUGAUUUGGAAAUCCAGGAUGUAACCUUCUCAGAUGCCGGCGAAUACACUUGUUAUGCGGAGAAUAAGUUUGGUAAUAAAUCGGCCCAGGGUUCGCUGGUGGUCAAGGAGCGUACACGAAUCACGCAGGAGCCACAGAACUAUGAGGUAGCCGCCGGACAGUCGGCCACAUUCCGCUGUAACGAGGCCCACGAUGACACACUGGAGAUCGAGAUCGAUUGGUGGAAGGAUGGCCAGCCCAUUGACUUUGAAGCUCAGCCCAGGUUCGUGAAGACCAAUGACAAUUCCCUGACCAUUGCCAAGACCAUGGAGUUGGAUUCCGGAGAGUAUACGUGCGUGGCCAGGACUAGGCUGGAUGAGGCAACGGCCAAGGCUAAUCUGAUUGUACAGGACGUUCCCAAUGCCCCCAAACUGAUGGGCAUCACCUGUCAGGCCGACAAAGCAGAGAUCCUGUGGGAGCCCCAGGGAGACAACCGUUCGCCUAUCCUCCAUUACACCAUUCAGUUUAAUACCUCGUUUACGCCCGCCUCCUGGGACUCUGCCUAUGAGAAGGUGCCCAACACGGACUUCUCCUUCGUUGUCCAAAUGUCACCCUGGGCGAACUAUACCUUCCGCGUGAUUGCCUUCAACAAAAUUGGAGCCUCGCCUCCAUCGGCGCACAGCGAGAGCUGUACCACCCAGCCGGAUGUGCCCUUCAAGAACCCCGAGAAUGUCGUUGGCCAGGGCAGUGAGCCUACCAACCUGGUGAUCUCAUGGACACCGAUGCCGGAAAUUGAGCAUAAUGCACCCAACUUCCACUAUCGUGUCAGCUGGAAGCGUGAUAUUCCAGCAGCGCCAUGGGAGAACAAUAACAUCUAUGAUUGGCGACAGAACAACAUUGUCAUUGCCGACCAACCCACGUUUGUAAAGUAUCUGAUCAAGGUGGUGGCCAUCAACGACAAGGGUGAGUCCAAUGUGGCCGCCGAGGAGGUUAUUGGUUAUUCCGGCGAAGAUCGUCCCCUGGAUGCUCCCACCAACUUCACAAUGAGGCAAAUUACAUCGGCAACCAGCGGCUAUAUGGCCUGGACACCAGUGAGCGAGGAAUCGGUAAGAGGACACUUCAAGGGCUACAAGAUCCAGACAUGGACGGAAAAUGAGGGAGAGGAGGGCCUGCGUGAGAUCCAUGUUAAGGGUGAUACCCACAAUGCCCUGGUCACACAAUUCAAGCCCGAUGCCAAGAACUUUGCUCGUAUUUUGGCCUACAACGGACGCUUCAAUGGACCACCGAGUGCUGUCAUCGAUUUUGAUACGCCCGAGGGUGUACCGUCGCCGGUUCAGAGUCUGGAUGCCUAUCCCAUUGGCUCCUCCGCCUUCUGGCUCACCUGGAAGAAGCCCCUCUAUCCGAAUGGCAAGCUCACCGGUUACAAGAUCUACUACGAGGAGGUACGCUCCAGCUAUGUGGGCGAGCGACGUGAAUACGAUCCACACAUCACCGAUCCCAGGAUCACACGAAUGAAGAUGGCCGGCCUGAAGCCUGAGACUAACUACCGAAUCUCCAUCACGGCUACCACGAAAAUGGGCGAAGGAUCAGAGCACUAUAUCGAGAAGAAAACGCUGGCGGAUAUGUCGAGUGUGGCUCCCGGCACGCCCACAUUCUCCUGGGAACAGGUUCCAUCUGAGAACGGAUUGGCCAAGUUCCGCAUCAAUUGGCAACCAAGCACUGAAGGUCACACCGGUACCCACUUCUUCACCAAAUACAGGAUCAAGGGUGAAACGCAAUGGGUGCGAACGCCAGAGGAGAAGAACAACGACUACCAGGAGGUGAAGGGUUUGGAUCCGGAGACCGCCUACGAAUUCCGUGUAGUCUCCGUCGAUGGUCAUUUCAACACGGAGAGUGCCACACAGGAGGUGGACACGAACACUGUGGAGGGACCAAUAAUGGUGCCCAAUGAGACGGUGGCCAAUGCUGGUUGGUUCAUUGGCAUGAUGCUGGCCCUGGCCUUUAUCAUCCUGCUGUUCAUCAUCAUUUGCAUUGUCCGACGCAAUCGGGGCGGCAAGUACGACGUCCACGAUCGGGAGCUGGCCAACGGUCGGCGAGAUUAUCCCGACGAGGGCGGUUUCCACGAGUACUCGCAACCCUUGGAUAACAAGAGCGCUGGUCGCCAAUCCGUGAGUUCAGCGAACAAGCCCGGCGUGGAAAGUGACACCGAUUCGAUGGCCGAAUACGGCGAUGGUGACACAGGCAUGAACGAAGAUGGAUCCUUUAUUGGCCAAUAUGGACGCAAAGGACUCUGAUUUAAUUUGUAAGCAACGCGCCGCCGCACCAACAACAACAACAUAAACUCAAAAUAUCGAAACCGAGCCCAUAAAAAAGAAAUCAACAGCAAUAAAAAUAAAAAACCACAAAAACCCAUCACAGAAGAACGGGAAAUAAUAAUGCAAGAUAAAGUACCAAGCGAACAAUUGGUAAACCGAUAAUCAAGUGCAAACCGACCUUAAAAUUGACCAAAUAUAUAACAGGACGGUUUAUACAAUAUGACUAUUAAAAUUAACAAAUGUAUGUGUAAAAACAGAAGAGAAAACAAAAACAGAAGCAAAUGACAACUGCCAAAACAAAAUAAUCAACAACGAUGAUGCAGCAAAAAGGCUAUAAACAAAUGCGAAGAAAUGAAGAGAGAGAAGAGAAAGCAAAUCGAAAAAAGAAUGAUGAAAAUGCAUGCGAAUUAGAAGAAUGCAAAAAAUAUUACUACUUUUAUAUGAAAAAUUUCGAGCAGCUGCGUAUAAUUUUAUGUUUUUUUAAUGUCAAAAUUAAGUAAUUGAGGCAAUUUUUCUGGAAAGCGAAGCUCGCUUUAAAAAUCUCCCAUUUGUAUACCUGUCCCAUUCUGUCUCAUGCACUGUAUAUCUCUGUCCCGCUCUCUUGCUCUCUACCUUUUUUUUUAAAUGUAUUGCAUAUAUAUCUAUUAAUAUAAAGCCUAAAUAAGUUAUAUAAUUUAAUCAUUUUUGUAUGAAACAAAUGAAACUCGAAUGUAAAAUCUCCGUUUAGUUUCGCCGAAAAUCGAAAAUCAACAAAUGUAUUUUUUUUAUCCUACAUGUUUUCUAUUUUUAUUUAAAAAUUUACUAUGCAUAUUUUGUUU